UUUGUGUGUGUGUUUGUGUGCAUAUAUAUGCACACAUCCAUAUGAGUCAGUGUGGUGUAGUGGUUUGCACAUUGGACUAUGUUUCUGGAGACCAGGGUUCAAAACCCAGCUGUUUAAUCAAAACAUAUAUUGGUUUGAUUUGUUAGAAGCCCCCAAAGCCAGGUUUUCCUUUCAGUGAAUGAAUGCAGAGUUGACUCAGUAAACUGAAUAAAGUGGGGCACAUGUUUGGCCCAGCUUCCACUUGUGCCAGAGGACCCCCACUUGCUUUUCUCUGCCUCCUUGCCUUUAUUCUGUGUCUCCAUCUUCCUUUGGCUCGUGCGUCCCGGUGCCUGAUCUGUGCCAGGGCUGGCAUCCCAAUAUAGCCAUAGUUGUCUCAUGGCUGGGCUGUCUCUCAGCGAUGGGGGCGUGGUGUGCCGUGCGCACAUGCGGCUUUGAGCCAUGGGAAUGAAUGGAUCAGUCUCAUUCCUCCAGCUGUGUCUGGCUCUCCAUGUGACUCUGGGCUCCUGAAUGCUCUCCAUAUUUAGAUGCUCCACCUCCCUAGUCUUGGCUGCCCUCUGCCAGUGAAUGAUCCAUGUGUGCGUGCGCAUGAGAGGGUGGGCGUUUUGCUCUUUCUGUCUCUCUCUGCCUCUUCCCCCUUCCUUGCACAUAUACAUUCCUGAUGCCUUUUAGCUUGCCCUUCCCAAACCUUCUGUGCUUCCACUUACCACCCUGGGAAGGUUCUUUUCUCCCCAAUUUGCCAUGGAGGAAUGCUGAGCGCAGGCGCCAGGGACCCAUGGAGGCAGUUUUGUGAUCUGGAGGAAAGGUUGGAAGGGCAGAGAGUCUCUUUCGUUACUUGCCAGGGCAAGGACCCCCACACUCCAAGGAUCAGGAGCUAGGAGGAUUUAUAGCAGCCAUGCCAUUGGAUCAGGGCCAUCCUCCUUCCGGCCACCCGACCAAACCUGCAAAAGAGAGGAGCAAUCAGUCGGCCGCUGGAUCCUUGAAGGCAGGCGGCCUGGCCUCUGAAGAUCCUGGGGACCAAGCGGAGAAGAUGGAGAGACCAGGCGGCGAGGCAUCCAGGGAGCCCAGCCACUCCGCCAGCGAAGGAGAGAAAGACUCUGGAUUUUCAGACGUGAGCUCUGAGUACCUGAGCACAGUGGAGCAGACCGACACGGAGGAUCCACCCGGCAACACACAACGGCACCAGCAGGCCAAGCCUCUGAGGGCACCACCGAAGGCACCACCGGGGGGUCUCGCUGGAGGACCCUUCCCCGGCCUCGCUCCUGUUUACAUUGUCAAAAACGUUAUCCUCAAACAGCAGCCCCUAGGUACCUCUCCUACCACCCAAUUCCUGGCUUGGAGCAGCCAGAAUCCCCUUGAUGCAUCCCAGGGCCCUCCCGCCCGCGUCCUCUUCAUCCAACCUCCGGUGGCUUCCCUGAAGACACUACUCCCUGGCCCGAAAUCCCUGGCCAAGGAAGCCUACCUCCCCAUCCUCAGCACCUAUCCCAAGAUUGCUCCUCACCCGGGGCAUGACCUCCAAACCAAGGAGCCUGCCGAGGGAGGGACUGCCCCGGAAGAAGGCACCAUCAAGAACAAGCGCUUCUGCCUGGAAGAAGCCUGGGUGUCGUCGUCGGACCCUGUCGUGCCAAAAGACUGUGGGGAGAAGCAGUGUGAGGAGCCCUCUUUGGCUGACUGGAACCAGAACCUGGUGACGUCCUCCACCGAGUUGGAGCAGGCCGAAGGGCGGAUGAUCGCCAAGGCUUCCAAGAAGCUGGGCGGGAGCAGCUUGGGGAAACAACGCCGAUUCCACAAUACGGUAGAGAUCCUGCGUAAGUCAGGGCUGCUGGGCAUCACAUUGAAGACCAAGGAGCUCAUCCGGCAGAACAGCGCCACCCAAAGGGAACUGGUGGAGUUGCGGGAGCAUGCCCAGCUACUUUGUGAAGCCGUCCAGAGCAAUGAUACCCAGGCCUGGGCCCGUCUCCAAGAGGCCAUGGAGCGCUCAGGUGCUUACUGGGCCGGGAAAGGCAGCAAAACUUCAGUGCGUCAGCCGGGGGGUCGGCAGGAGCUGGGUCGGGGGGCUGAGCCCCCAAACUGUAUCUCAGAUCCCACCAGAGAAUCGCCACCCAACUUGCCUGUGAAUCUCUCCCCCACACUGGACACUUUGGAGCAAGUGACGCUGCCUUAGCUUCCUCCUUUGCUGCUUCUUCCACAUGCUCUGGGCUAACGGCUGCUCUACGAAAGAAUGACCUCUGGCAAGGAAUGAGUGCUGGGCCACCAGUUCCUCAGUCCCACCAGGUUUCUGCAAUCAGAACGGCUAAAGAGACCCAUUUGGUGCCAUCUUAGCUUUGGAUAACCGCCACACACUGGUCACUGAGAGGCUGGUGCAUUGGGAAACCGAGCUGGGAUCUUGCACUGGAGGGUUGUGAGAGUGUGUGUCAAAGCAGAUGGGGAAGGGACAAGGUGGGUGACCAAGGGAUGAAGAGUGUGUCGGUGUGCACAGAAAGGGGAAGCCAUGUUUUGGUGGUGAGUUGUGUCGCUUGGGCUGCUGGGUUUUCUCCUUGCAGUUGGAAAGCUCUUUUUCCUUUAAGGCAUGCUGACCCAGAGUGUCCAAGGUGGCGGUGAUUCGCUCCCUUUCGCUCAUCUGCUCUCUCCUGCCUGCUUUGGUACUUCUCAGCUGUAAAGGAGCAUCUCCUCUGUUCACAGAGGACCUCGUGCAUCAGCUACAUGGCUUUCUGGGGGGGAAAGUGACUUGUGGGGAAUGGCGUCCUGCCUCUUUGAGGACUUUCCUACCCAACUCAAAAGCUUGCCCACUUUGCUGCUGACAAAAGAUGGUCCAACGAGGAGGAGGAGGAAGGAAAAUAUAAGUAAACCCUUGUUUGUAUCAAUUUCUGGGACCAGAACCAUUUGCAGCCAGCCUGUAGCCAGUGAGCUUCCCAGUAUGUACUGGGAAUGCCAGCUGUGGGGUCUGGAAGCAACCUUGACUUUUGGGGUUUGGCUUUGGCUGCAUGCUGGAAAUGGAGGCCUUUCGAAGCCAGAACAUGAACUGGGUUUUGUUUGGCUUUUCUUUUCUCUCUCUGUUUUUUUUUCUAAUAAAUAAGAUUUUAAAAAUCCA